UGCAAUGCCCGCAGAAUAUUCAUGGCAUUACAACCGCGUCGAGCAUAUCGAUCCUCUCGAUCAUCGUUCCCAGCGGCCUUGCUGUUGGCGAUCCUUUGCCGAGAGCUUUAUGGUGGCACAGCUUGGGCAGAGGGGUGGCCAUCGCUUUGGCAGUUCCGCCCCACGGAGGUGAGUACACCGCACGCUGGAGCUCACGGUGAACACCAUGAAGAGUCCAUUUUUGAGGAGUUUGUUGAUGAGGUAAAGCUAUGUCCGUGGUUGCUCUUUGCAGAAAUCAGCCUUGUGGUUCUCUUGUCAGCCCUUUUCGAACAGCUACAGCAUUGGGUACGAGAGCACUUGGACCAUUCUGGCGACAAGGUUGGCGUGCAGAUCAUGGACAUUCUGUUCAAGGAGUUCUCUGGUUUGGGUUUUAUAGGUAUGUUUCUCUUCCUCGUGACUCAAAGCCACAUCACUGCCGAUGUGCUGGGCAAGAGAGUCUUUGGACAUCAUUUGGACAAAAUGGGCACAGAGGAUCCAGUCGCUGAAUCCUUUGAGACUGUCCAUAUGAUGAUUUUCCUUCUCAUGGCAGUUCUUCUCUUUCAGGCCAUGGCAAUGCUCCGGGUCACGCAGGGAGUCAUUGAAACUUGGGGUCGCUAUGAACGUGCCAGAGCAUGGGGACUGCGACAGGACUCCUUGGAGUCCCUCUUCUGCGACGGCGGCUACUUGCGGCGGGUGGAAUCCCCCCAGGACCCACGAGGUUUGGUGCUCCGAUUUCAGCAAGACUUUACUUAUCGAAUUCCUCUCUUGCACUGGAUGAUGCUUCAUCAUGAUGUGGUGCACAAUUUGGUGAUGUGGCGGGCCAUCCGUCAUCGCUUCAUCUUUGGCCAGAAAUCCGAGGUGAAGAGUGGACACAUUAGUUGUCCUCGACAGUUCAGCUUCGAAGCUUAUCUCCGUGAACGCUUGGGGCACAUCGUCGUUUGCGUCGUCGAGGUGGACCGCAACAUUUGGCUCAUGACCUUAUUGGUCCUGACUCCCUUGGUCUACUGGUGCAUCAAUCUGGAUCUUUUGCAUGUUGGAGGCUUCUUGUGCUUGACCGCCUAUUCCUUGUUGGCAGUGGGCUUUGUGGUCGGUCACGUGUUGGAGACUGACACUCUAUGGCUCACACCCACCUUGCCAACAGAUGCUCGGAAGAUCUUGAUUCUCUUUUCAGGAACCAGCACUUAUAUGCUCAUGAAGCAUUACGACCUGUCACAGCACCCGGAUGCGGAACUGAAAUUUGGAGCCCCAGGGCUAGAGGAUUUGGAAUUGGAAGAGGUGGACUUGGGUGAGCCGCCCGUGAGCGAUCCCAAACGCCUGCGCUUGACAUCCGUCAGGUACGCGUUUAUUUUUGAACUGCUGGCCUUUUGGCAAGCCAUUCAGGUGACCUGCCUAGUCCUCUUCUAUCUGAGUGUAUCCUUUGAAACCUGGAGCGGAACCUUUCUCUACGCCUUGGCAUGGGCUGAGUGGCCAUUGAUGCUCUUCGGGGUGAUGCCAGUGCUACUGGAACGGCUCACACUCCGCAGCUCUAUCGAAGAAGAAACAGAUGAGAGCGUGGUCCGGAAGGUCUCUUUGGAGACCAAGUCCAUGAUGUUGAGGUAUCAUGUUCGCUUGGCGCAGUUGAAGGGCUAUGAGGAACGUCAAGACCGAGAAGCAAAGCACCGACAAACGAGGCAGGAGGAAUCCCAUCUUCAAGUGCCGGAGGAAGGACCGGUGGCACGGACUCUGAAGUCGCCAGUGCGGGCGGCAGCACGUGCAGUGAGGCAUUUCAGGCAGAGUUCGGCCUCGGUCAAAGCGCAACGUACCUGGCAACAUGGCUUGCGGCUCUUUCGGGCUUUGCCCUAUGGUGAGCAGCAUGAGAUUGAGCAGAUUUUCAACAGCCUGGACAUCAACAACAACGAAGAGGUGAUGCUACAGGACCUGGCAGCUCAUUGGAAGGCCAUGGGUUUUCUUCAUGCCAUAGAAUCAGCGGAGAAGUUGCUGGCCAGCAUCGAUUAUGAUGGUAGCGGUCAGCUUACAUGGAGCAAGUUCCAAGCAGUGGCUGCGCUGGCCAUUAGCGAGAAGGGGAAUAUUGAGCAUGAAGACUAUAGCUUACUUUUCAGCCUCAUUGACCGCGACCAAAAUGGCAGGAUCACUGUCUUUGAGAUCGCCCGCUGGCUGGAAGAUAUGAAGAGCGGCAUGACCGAGGUGGAUGUGGCCAGUCUUUUGUACCAGCAUUUCUGCCAGGCCAAGCCCUCAGUGGACAAAGAGGAGUUUGUCGCUUGGAUCAGGGCCAUCGGGUUGCCCCAACAUGGAGGAGCUUCGAGCCGGGCGCAUGAGCACUGAUCAGAUAGCUUGUUUCAAAAAUCCCAAAAAGGGUUGUGCCAUGAUCGCCUCUGGUAAUUUCACAGUUCAC